CGCCUACGGGGCGGAAGGAAGGAAGUGCGCGCGGCUGAGCCUGGGAAAAGGGGGCAGCCCACGUGGAGGAAGCCCAGCUCGCCUCGCCGAGGAAGAGCGAAGCCAUGGGGCGCAAGCUGGACCCGACGCGCAAGGUGAAGCGAGGCCCGGGGCGCAAGGCGCGCAAGCAGCGCGGAGCCGAGGAGGAGAUCGCUCGUUUCCUGCCGCCUGGUAAAAUUGCGACACCGCCCCCCUCCCCACACACUUUGGGUUCGGCCCUGCGGGGUGGAUCGUGGGCAGAGUAUCGGCGCGGGUGGAUCGACACCGGAGAGUGCACGUGCUGUAGAAACCUCAGUCCGCGUGCAUUUUGGAUCGCGCGUAGAAAGCGUGCAUUUGUUGUCUGUAUAGCGUGUGAUCUGGGAUUAAGCUGCCUGGUCGGCCCCUGCGAAAGCAGGAUAAUAAUAAUAUAAUAUUAUUUAUACUCCGCCCAUGUGGCUGAGUUUCCCCAGCCACUCUGGACGGCUUCCCAAUCAAGUGUUAAAAACAGUACAGCGUUAAAUAUUAAAAACUUCCCUGAACAGGGCUGCCUUCAGGUGUCUUUUAAAGAUAGGAUAGCUGCUUAUUUCCUUCACAUCUGAAGGGAGGGUGUUCCACAAAGUGGGCGCCACUACCGAGAAGGCCCUCUGUCUGGUUCCCUGUAACCUCACUUCUGGCAAUGAGGGAACCGCUAGAAGGCCCUCGGUGCUGGAUCUCAGUGUCCGGGCUGAACGAUGGGGGUGGAGACGCUCCGUCAGGUAUACUGGGCCUUUGAGGUCGUUUAGGGUUUUAAAGGUCAGCACCAACACUUUGAAUUGUGCUCGAAAACGUACUGGGAGCCAAUGCAGAUCUCUCAGGACCGGUGUUAUGUGGUCUCAGGGGCCACUCCCAGUCACCAGUCUAGCUGCCGCAUUCUGGUUUAAUUGCAGUUUCCGAGUCACCUUCAAAGGUACCCCCAUGUAGAGCGUGUUGCAGUAGUCCAAGCGGGAGAUAACCAGAGCAUGCACCACUCUGGCAAGACAGUCUGGGGAGGGCAGGUAGGGACUCAGCCUGCAUACCAGAUGGAGCUGGACACAGAAUUAACCUGCACCUCCAUGGACAGCUGUGAGUGCAAAAUGACGCCCAGGCUGUGCACCUGGUCCUUCAGGGGCACAGUUACCCCAUUCAGGACCAGGGAAUCCCCCUCACCCGCCCGCCCCCUGUCCCCCCUGUACUUCUGUCUUGUCAGGAUUCAACCUCAAUCUGUUAGCCGCCAUCCAUCCAGGAUGCCGCGCAUCGACGGGCCAUCAGUUCUAUGAUAUAGAAUCAUAGACUUUCAGAGUUGGUAGGGACCGCGAGGAUCAUCCAGCGUUUCUCAAACGUGAGUCACCAGCUUUGUUGGACUACAACUCCCAUCAUCCUUAGCUAGCAGGACCAGCGGUCAGGGAUGGCGGGAGUUGUAGUCCAACUACAGCUGGCGACCCACGUUUGAUAAAUACUGAUCUUGCCCAACCAACCCUCUUUAGUGUGGGAAUGUGCACCCGCACGGGGCUCAAACUAACAGCAUUAUCAGAACCACACUCCAACCAAUUGAGCUGAGCAAUCCUUAUGGUUCUGCCUUGCUUUAAAGCGCUAAACGGCCUCAGUCCUGUAUACCUAAAGGAGUGUCUCCAUCCCCAUCGUUCAGCCCAGACAUUGAGGUCCAGCGCCGGGGGCCUUCUGGCGGUUCCCUCAUUGUGAGACGUGAGGUUACAGGGAACCAGACAGAGGGCCUUCUCGGUAGUGGCGCCUGCCCUGUGGAACGCCCUCCCAGCAGAUGUGAAGGAAUAAGCAGCUAUCCUAUCUUUAAAAGACAUCUGAAGGCAGCCCUGUUCAGGGAAGUUUUUAAUAUUUAACGCUGUAUUGUUUUUAACACUUGAUUGGGAGCCGCCCAGAGUGGCUGGGGAGACUCAGUCAGAUGGGCGGGGUAUAAAUAAUAAAUUAUUAUUAUUAUUAUUAUUAUUAUUAUUAUUAUUAUUAGGAGCCGCCCAGAGUGGCUGGGGAGACUCAGUCAGAUGGGCGGGGUAUAAAUAAUAAAUUAUUAUUAUUAUUAUUAUCAUCAUCAUCAUCAUCAUUGCUUAAGCGCAUGAGGACGUCCCUUAAGGCACUGCAAUGGAAUUCCGUUUGCUGCUGCAGCGGGUUACAGACCCUUUGGGUUGUGUGAUUUUGGGUUGCGCACUGCGCUGAAGCUGGAAGUACCGGAAUGGGCUACUUCCGGGUUUCGGCGCAGAAGCACUAAAUUGCACUUUGUGCAUGCGCAGAAGCGGCGAAUCACGACCCGCGCAUGCACAGACACGCGGGUUGCAAACGUGCCUCCUGCACGGAUCAUGUUUGCAACCUGAGUGUCCACUGUAGUCUGUUUUCUGCCCACCUCUAGUGUGCUAAAGGUGCAGCCCUAUGUAUGCUUAACCAAAAAACAAGCAAGUCCUGUUGGAUUUGCUCUGAAUUUGCCUCUUAGUUGCAGUGUUUAGGAUUGCUCCACACGUGCUAGUUCAACACUCUUCUUUCUCACAAGAUCACUGGUGGCCACUGGCAAUCCGCUCUGCCUCCAUCCCCGCAUCUGCAGUAGGGAUGAUAGUAGUUUUACUUAACAGGGUUGUUGUUAGGGAUCUGAAGGUGUUCUUGUUAUUGCUACCUGCCCUUCACAAACAGGGCCCAGCGAUGUAAAAUUCAGAAUUAAAGUCAGCUAAACCAGUUCACAGGGAUAAGGUGGGUCCUGAAAACACGUGUCUCAGAUGUCAGAGGCCAGGGUAAGAGGCAAAGGUAGCAUAAGAGGCAUGCUUUUAAUUUUUGAAACUUGCAUGGUUUCUGUGGGGUAUUCCGUGGGUCUUUGCACUCUUGCAUUGAAACUGGUGUUUCAUGUUGAGUUCAGUGUCUUCUGAGCUGCAGCUCUUGUUUUUAGUAUGUAUAAGCCUAUAACCUGUUUUGCUUCUGGAAAAGGACUUUGUGUAGGCUUUGUUCACAAGACGACUUGUUGGGGGAUGGCUGGAUUCAUCUUGCCUCUUCUGUUGAAAUGUUCCCUCCAUGGCUUUUCUGACAUCGUGUUAUAGGGCUGGGUAGCCAAUGUGGUCCCUCUGUAUGUGGUUGGACUACAGCUUCCAUAGCUAGCCACUGACACACAUACUUUACAUACUGGCUGACAUUUCUCCAACCCUUCUUUAUUCCUGCUUGUGCCAAACGAUGGUUUGGUCUUCUGAGAACGAGCCUUGGCUCCCUUGCUCUCUUCCCCUUGUGCGUUGUCCACUAUUUCCUUCUCGUUUUGUUCACACAGGCAAACCAUGGUUUGCAUUUGUCUGCAAAUGUGGGUUGCAAACCAGGGUUUGCAGCAAACCACCAUUCCCUAUUUUGUUCAGACAGAUGAACCAUAGUUUACAUUUGCUUACCAAGCAGAAUCAAACCCUGGUUUGCAACCCGAUUUGCAGACCGCACGUAUUUUUAGUAGCCAGCUAGGGAUUGGUGGGAGAGGGACAGAGGGCUCCAUCUCUCCUACAACAGCUGCCUGACACGUUUCUGCACUGGGGCACAGCAGUUCUCCAUCAGUUCACCCACUCAGCUGCACACAAUUCCUUGUCAUCCAUGGCUACCAGGCAAGGGCUUACAUACAAGGCUGUCCCAAACCAUGGUUUGGGUAUUAUGGAAAGAUCUAGGGUUACCAGACAUCCCCGUUUGAGAGCUUAUUUCACGAAUCUGGAUUGGCAUUGCAUCUGGGAAAACCGUAGCAGCUAGCUGUCCUUUCUUGCCCUGUCCCAAGGAGAAAUGGCUAAAGAGAGAGGAUCAGUGCAGAAAAGCAGCUUUGACUCUUCCUUUGCCCUUUGAGAUUCCUGUCCCCUUCUCUUUUCUCUGGAUGUUGGUGGCAGUUUCAAAACUCUCAACAGGCAGAGAUCUCUCCCUGGGGGUAAUGGCAUUGCGGCCCAGCAGCUCUGCCUUCCCGGUUGAGAUUUUGUCCUAUUUGAAAUGGAGUCGGGAGGCCUUGAUGGUUUCUUGGUCUUGCUUGCUAUAUCAGCCUUCUAAUAAUUUUAAUUGUUCUUUUUCUCCUGCGCAACCUCCAGAUUCCUCUGACAGUGCAAAGAAGCUUUCCAGUCAUGCUCGACGAAGGUUGGUAGUGAAAGCGGUUUUAUUCAGAAUGAUGCUUUGCUCUUAUUUUUAAACAACUCAGGAGAACAAAAUUUUUGCUGCAUUGACACCUGCAGUUGUUCUAACCCAAUUUCGACAUGCUGAUUUCAUAUCUGAAGUUGGUUUUGUUCUGUAAGCUCUAGUUUUUUUGCAAUUCAUGUUUUUCACUUUUCACCAUAAUCUUUGUUUUUACAAUGCAAGAAUUCAAUAUUUUAUUAAACACAUAGCCAAAGUAGUACAAUAUGAGUAUAAAUGUAAGUGACUUAUAUAGCAUUGAACAUGACAUGUAUAUCUAUGUACAGUUGGAGGUACGCAAAAAAAUGGGGAAGAAUUUUUUUUCAUUUUGCAUGAGAUUUUUUCCACUGUUCUUAUAUGUUCUUUCAAUGCUGAUUUAAAAUCUGAAAUCGAUUUUCAUGUACAUGCUAUAGUUAUCUUUCAAUUUCCGACUUAUUUACACAUUUUUGUCUACUUGAAGAAGCCAUGGUCCGAUCUGAAAAAUAUAAAUACUUAGGUUACAAAACUAUAAAAAUUAAGUUUGCAAAACAAUAAUUACCAUGUGGUUAGGGUAGAUCAACGUGUCAGUGUCCACUUAUCCUCAGUGUAAAUAUGACAUAUCGGCAAAAGUCGGAAAUGGCAAGAUAACUAUAGCAUGUACACAAAAAUCGAUUUCAGAUUUGAAAUCAGCAUUGAAAGAACAUAUAAGAACAGUUGAAAAAUCUCAUGCAACAGAAAAUGGGAAAAAAAAAUAUUCCCCAGUUUAAUGACUGCCCACCAAGGAGAGAGACUUUAAUUCUUUGUUUUUUCCUGUGUUAAUUGAUUCAUUAAUGACAUCUGGUGUUAACUGAUUGCAUGAACAAUAUCUAUCGACCUGGAUUUUAUUAAUGUUAUCUGCUUUCUGAAGAAAAUGAUGUUAGAAUGCACUUUGUAAACUAGUGUGCUUGCCACUCAUUACUAAGCCAUCUUUGAGAUUUGCCAGUAAUUGUGUGGUUUGUUUUAGGCAUGGCUCUCAUGGUAGAUUUGCUUCCACAAGGCUAUGUGGGUUGAAUCCUAAGGAUUUGAUUCUUAUACUCAAGCAGUCCAGAUUAGAAUUAGAAAUGGAGAAACAUAAUUGGCAACAGAUUGCCAAGCCUUGUGUUUUAAUGUUGAUUGUAGUGCGUCUGGCUAUGGUUAACUCUACUUUUAUAUUUGAUAUUCUUAGGAACUAAAUAGUUGUGCUAGCAGGAACCAGCACAGAGUCCUGCUAUUGCAACAGGAUUAAAAAAUAUAUAUCUUCUAAAUUAUACUUGCUGCCAUUUUUUAAAAUAUAGGCACAUUCAUCUUAUCGUAUAUAUUUUUCUUUUCCUCUAGAAAACAUGAUACCAAAAUGACUUGAAAAAAAUAAAUUUGUCCUUAAAUUCUGAAAAAAGUAAAUGUGUCCUCUUACUGAAUUCUUGGCUAAAACUUUCCUUAGUGUACAUUGAUUUAUUUUGGUCUCUUAGCCAUGCUUGCUUUUAGCUCAUUCUCGUCUUAUUUUAGAGCUGCAAAGAGACGAAUCAAAUCCACAAAGCCCCAGGCAGAUGCAGAAGGCCCUGAUCUCCAGACAGGUGAGGAGGCAUCAAAUUCAUUUUUGUUCAUCACUUUGAAGAGGCUGUUGUUGCUCUUCAGUGCCUAGUGCAGAUGGAUAUAAAGAGGAGCUACAGCAGGCUUCCUCAACCUCGGCCCUCCAGAUGUUUUGAGACUACAAUUCCCAUCAUCCCUGACCACUGGUCCUGCUAGCUAGGGAUCAUGGGAGUUGUGGGCCAAAAACAUCUGGAGGGCCGAGGUUGAGGGAGCCUGAGCUACAGGUUGGUGCUUGAGUGUUCCUUCCUUGUGAAAACCGGCGGGGGUGAUUCCCUGCAGACAUUGGUGUCGAUUCCAGCAGGAUUUCUGUACUCCCCACAACCUCCAGCUGUGCUGCCUCCCCACACCCUGUUCUUUUAUGGGUGGUCUCUUCAGCCUCAGGAACAACUUUCCAAGGUGUGCAAUAGACUCCAUCUUCAUCUGUUCUGCCUCUGCUGGGAUUUGGGGAUGCUCUCUCUUAUAAUCCAAAAAGGUAACAGUGUUGGUCCGUAUUUGGCAGUAACCCUAGAAUUCAGGCACCUUAAAAAUCAGCAGAUGUAUUGUGUCACGAGCUGUCAUAGAUAAUAGCAAACGUUCGUCAGAUGCUAGAAGAUUUUGAGUUCAGGGCAGCCUCCUGUCUUUAUGUCUGCUUCUGAUGUCUCAAAGGAAGGAAGAAGACAGGAUUCCUUCUUGAUUCCACAUGCUGUAACAGUCAGGAGAUUACAAACAAAACCCCUUCACAAUUAUGCACCUCUUCCCCCCCCCAAAAAAAAUUAUUUAUGUAUCUUGCUCUGUUUUCAACCCAAAAAAGAAGCACUUAUGCCCUAAACUCUCAACCACAGGUUGACGCUUGCUCUUCCUCCCAUCUAUUAACUGACAAAAGUCCUAGUUGAUAGAAGUACAAAUUUAAAGUACUUACACCAGAUCGAUGGCAACUUGUGCUCUGGGAGGUGGACCUGAUCUUUGAGCUCAGCUGUUUAUUCUUGUGGCAGGAUUGCUGGCUGCGGCAUACGACCGACCUGCCCACAUCGUCUUUCGCUUCCAUUCGUUUUUAAUGUGUGACAUUUUAAUGUAUUUUUAAUCUUUCUUGGAAGCCACCCGGAGUGGCUGGGGAAACACAGCCAGAUGGGCGAGGUACAAAUAAUAAAUUAUUAUUAUUAUUCUGCAAAAAUGUUGUUUUUGUAAACAUUGGGUUUUUUUUAAUUCCUUUAAAGACAUGGCGCCAUAUUUUUGUGCUCCCAGUACGUUUCCGAGCACAAUUCAAAGUGUUGGUGCUGACCUUUAAAGCCCUAAACAGCCUCUGAUAUGUAAAAUAUGAGAUUCUAGAAUUUAUUUGAUACUUACCAAAGGAAUGGGGGGAAGUCUGAGGUUCGGCAGAGCCUAGUUUAAAUAUGUAACUUAUAUGUGUAAUAUAUGAAUGUAUGUAUGUUUACUAAAAAUUAAUAAAAAUUAUUCUGCAAAAAAAUAAUAAUAAAGCCCUAAACAGUCUCGGCCCAGUAUACCUGAAGGAGCGUCUCCACCCCCAUCGUUCUGCCCGGACGCUGAGAUCCAGCGCCGAGGGCCUUCUGGCGGUUCCCUCACUGCGAGAAGUGAGGUUACAGGGAACCAGGCAGAGGGCCUUCUCGGUAGUGGCACUCACCCUGUGGAACCCCCUCCCACCAGAUGUCAGAGAAAAAUAACUACCAAACUUUUAGAAGACAUCUAAAGGCAGCCCUGUUUAGGGAAGCUUUUAAUGUUUAAUAGGUUAUUGUAUUUUAGUGUUUUGUUGAAAGCCGCCCAGAGUGGCUGAGGAAACCCAGCCAGAUGGGUGGGGUAUAAAUAAUAAAUUAUUAUUAUUAUUAUUUCUAAGGACUUUGGGUUCUCACAUGUCUUUGAUUCUUCGCCGUUUUAACCUUGCAUUUCAUAUUUUCCAAUACCUGAUGGCCUUCCUCUAAAGUGCCUCCAUACUUGGUUUGAGCUAGAUGCCUUGAAUACUUGGAUUUUUCUCGGGAAACCGAAGUACGAAGCACUCUUUAGAACAGGUACAACUACCGCUGCUUCAGAACAUUUCUUCUUCAAGACUUGUUCUAAAUAGUUCCUUCUGGUCCUGCUUUGCAGAGACGCCUUUGUUGAAGGACGCAAAUGGACGAGCAGCCGCACAAGAUGGCCGGCAGCGUGGCUUCAGCGAUGGCAACGCUUCUUGGCUGACUCCUUCGGCCUCAGGAAAAAAGAGACCGAGACCCGAAGAGAGCGAUGAAGAGGACAGUGAAGCACUUGAUGAGAGCGACGGAGAUGAUGGAAGCGAGGAGGAGAUGGUGGACGACUAUGGAGAUCUGUCUUCUGACGACGAAGAGGAGGUAAGGAUUCCUCGACCUUCCAUUAUAAAUGGGUGAAAAUAAUUCUUACUGUUGGGUGGGAAAGAGUUUGCGUUGUAUAACUCAGCUGUGACUUGGUAAAUCUUCCACCUGAAUCUUCAGUCUACCGUGAGGUAUUAAAAAUAAAUGGUAAGUAACUUAAACUCAUGGAAUAUGCGCAGCUUGCAGAUCUAACAUAUAGAAUAAGAGAACGAGAAGAACAUUUCUUUAAAGAAGACUGGAAAAUGUUUACUGAAUAUAUGGGGGGAAUUGUGUACACUUGGAAACAUUGGCAGCAUUAAGACAAAUUCAACAGUGUAAAUAAGUUUUGAUGGAAGUAAUAAUGGAGUGCUGAAUGGUUUAUAUAAAAUAGGCAGGGAUUUAUGAUAUGUAAAAUGAACCACGGAAAGAGGAGGAGGAAAGUCAUUGAUACUUUAAGGUUGCAUAAGUGAAUAUUCUAAAUUGUAAAACAGAAAUUGAGAGAGAGAAUGUCUUUAAAAAAGGGGGGGAAAUAUUUCAGUAAGAAGUGUGCAUAUUGUGCCACUUCCCUCACCCUUGCAACUACAGGGAUGUUUGUGGUAUUGCGAGUAGGUGAAUGAAUCAUUUGGCUCUUAACCUGCUGCUUCUCUGCUGCAAAUAGUUUUGCAUCGCCUGCAGCUGUUGAUGCUUCUGGCUCUGCCAGUGAAUGUGUUUCCCACCCCCUAGAAUUCAGACAAGGUUACCUUCUGUAAAAUAAUGGACUGAAAAGAAUUGCCAGUGCAGGCAGUGGAAAACCUUUCUGCUUAUGAAAAUCUCUUGUUAGCAUACUCCUCCGAAAAUCUUCAGUACUUCAUCGUUCUUAAAAUAUUUAUACAAAUGCUAUAUAUUUAUAUAUAAAAAAAUUCUAGGCGUUUCAUUUUCACCCUCUGCACAUUGCACCAGUGAGGCUGAGUUGUUGAUUCCUGGGGCCAGAUGUCAGGCAGCAAUGUUCAAGGCCAUGUUAAGGAGGAAUGUGUGUAUCUUGCCUGGGAGGAAGCAAGAUCUGCUUUUCUCAGGCAAAGUGUUACUCAAGAGGUACCAGAAGGAAAUGUUUGAAAACCAAUGAAGGACAAUUAUCGAUAGGUAGAAAAGGAUUUACUCUACUCGGCUGUUUUGAAGACAGGUUAUAACAAUGUAUAAAAACCAUCUUGAAAUUGGUAAUUGAACAGGUGAUGUGUAGGGAGAAGGGGUAAAUGUAUUUCAAAAGGAUAGUUGGAAAAGUUGUUUAUUUGGGAGCAGCAAAAUGAGGGAGGAAAAUAGAGGGGACACCUGGGGUGGGUGGGAAGUCCACUUUUAAAUUUGUGUUAAUUUGGUGGCAAUUUGUUUAAAAUGAUGGAAUAUCAAUAAAAAUAAUUGGAAAUGAAAUAUGAAUACAAACCAGCAUAAACAGAUGUGUGAAUCUGGAAGAUAACAAUCCGUGUGUCUACUUAAAAUGAACAGUGUCGACUUCUCCACUCUGCAAUUCCUGUUGUGGAUCUGUGUUAUUGAUGUGUGAGGUGUAUAUCUGACAUCUGAUUAAGCUGCUUCUCUCUCUCUCUCUCUCUCUCUCUCUCUCUCUCUCUCUCUCUCUCCUUCUCGUGUGUGUGUCUUUUUUUUAAAUUUAAAUUCAGCUCUUGCCUAUAGAACAAGCUGCCCAGAAAGAGAAGCUGGAGGGGUGAGUAAACCAAGAGAUUUAGAUUUUGUGGGCCGACGAACCCUUCACCCUUUUAGAGCAGGAAUUUGCCAGCAUGUCAUUGGACUCACAUCAGCCCUCAGCCAAUGUGACUAAUUCUCAGGGGCGAUGGGAGGUAUGGUCUAGCAAUAUCUGGAAGGCACAAAAUGGAGGCCAGUAUGGUGCAGUGGUCAGUGUUAGAAACUCAGAUGUAUAAUCUAUAAAUGCCAAUUGGCACCUUAAACCUAGGCUGCAGUCACCACAAUGGAAUGUCUAGGCACCGUUCCCACACACACCCCCACACACCCCAUUGGACUUACGAUGAUGAUUCAUUCCAUUUUUAUAUCGCUUUAUAUUUUCAAAAACAAAUCUCAAAACCGUUUACAACACAUUAGGUAAAAGGUAAAGGGACCCCUGAUCAUUAGGUCCAGUCAUGGCCGACUCUGGGGUUGCGGCGCUCAUCUCGCUUUACUGGCCGAGGGAGCCGAUGUACAGCUUCCGGGUCAUGUGGCCAGCAUGACUAAGCCACUUCUGGCGAACCAGAGCAGCGCACGGAAAUGCCGUUUACCUUCCCACCAGAGUGGUACCUAUUUAUCUACUUGCACUUUGACGUGCUUUGGUUGGGUGACCUUGGAGCCAGUCACAGCCUCUUAACCUACCUGACAGGGUCGUUGUAGAGAUUAACUGAGGAGCGGGGAGAACCAUGUACUCCUUGGAGAAGACAGUGGGAUAUAAGUGCAAUAAGUAACCUCUUCUGCAUACUUGCUUAAGAAAGGGACCAGCUUGGAUGGAGAUGUCAGUCACCAGCACGGGAUCCAGAGAUCUCCACGUGGUCGCAAUUGGACUGGCGCCUGGCUAAUUUUCAACACUGGUAGUGGUUAGAGCAGGAGUUGGCAAGGCCUACCUUGCCUGGGCCGGUUCACCUGCGCAGGCACGAUUUACAGCGCCACGGAAGUGAGUCGCCAUGCUGCACUGGUUUAGCACAGCGCAGGGACUCACCAAGCGGGCGGCUCGCUUUGGGGGCAGCGUGGCGGCCGGUAAAACGACCCCUUUGGGCCACUUGUGGCCCAUGGGCCUUAGGUUGCCGACCCCUGGGUGAAAGUGUCGGACUAGGGUCUGGCAGGCCAGGGUACAAAUCCCCACUCGGAAUAUUCUCAGUGCCUCUCAGCCUAAUCUACCUCACAGGGUUGUUGUGGGGAUUAAAUGAGGAGGGGGAGAUCCUUUGCGGAAAUGUGGGGUGUAAAAUAAAAGACUGAACAACAUUGGCCACCCCUGUAUAGGGGAAUGCACUCUGACGAGCGGUAAAUAUCUCCUGCUGAAAUGCUUCCCUUUCUUGGAUGCAGCCCGGCCUUCAGCGACGAUGACAGUGGCAGUGAGGAUGAGACGUCGCCACGGAAACGGGAGGCAGCGCAGGAUCAAAGCAAGGACACAGACCUGCAGCUCAACGUGGACACAGAGGAGAACUUUGUGCUUCCCAGCGGGCAGGAGAUAGAGAAAGAAGAUAUCCUUCCUCUUGGUUGGAGAUGGGGGCGCCUACAUGUCUUUCGGGCGAGGGGGGAGAUGUGCCGUGUUGCCCUGGGCCGGCCGCCUUAGGUUUCCUUGCACGCCUUUUCCUCUGUGACCCCUUGGGCCUCUUGGCAUGGCAGCGUGUGGUUGCGAUGUGGCACGGGAGCUUACCUUUCUCAGGCCAAAGACCACGUUGGCCCAGCGGUUGUCACAUGUCAAAGUGGGCAUGGCCAAUCUUUUUUUAAAAAAUAAGGACAGAUUUUGGGGGUCUUGUAGGGUUGUGUCGCAAAAAUCUUUUGGCACCACAGCAGGAGCCCUUUGGGAGUGCUCAAUUAAAACACGCUUACAUUUUUUUAAACGGAGAAAUUGUGGGGGGCCUUGGCAUCCUAAAUUAUUAUUAUUAUUAUUAUUAUUAUUAUUAUUAUUAUUAUUGAAUUUAUAUACCGCCCUAUUCCCAGAGGUCUCAGGGCGGUUCGCAGAACAACAUCAAAAUAUAAAACCACAAACUAUAUAAUAAUUUUAAAAAUGGCAUCAAAAUCUCACAGUGAGGAGAAGUCAGUAAAAGAAAAAAAUCCUUAUUUUUGUGAUCAAUUAAGAAUGGUGGGAGGCUUGGAGAACAGCCCCCCAGAAAACCAUUUGGUAUCACAGCAGGAAACCUUUGAGAGUAGCAAGUUUUUGGGGGGUUUUAAAAUGACGGGCCCCACAUGCAAGCUAAGCACCCACAUUGUAAUGGGAAUGAGUGUCUGUGAGUGUCUGAGGGAUCUCCUGGUUCAGAUAUCUAGCGCCUUCCCUUUGGUUUGAAACUUUUCGUUCGCAGUAACGGAGUGGUACCGUAUUUUUCACUCUAGAAGAUGCACCAGACCACAAGACGCACCUAGUUUUUGGAGGAGGAAAACAAGAAAAAACAUAUUCUGAAUCUCAGAAGCCAGAACAGCAAGAGGGAUCGCUGCGCAGUGAAAGCAGCAAUCCCUCUUGCUGUUCUGGCUUCUGGGAUAGCUGCGCAGCCUGCAUUCGCUCCAUGAGACGCACACACAUUUCCCCUUACUUUUUAGGAGGGAAAAAGUGAGUCAUAGAGCAAAAAAUAUGGUAAUUCCAGCUUGCUUUUACAGGGCUGUUUCAAGGAAUGCCAGCAUGUGUCCAGGUCCUUGAAUUCUUAGCUGCUCCAAAGUGUUGCGAGGAUCCACUUUUACACUCCAGAGUAGACAGUAUGGGAUCAGUACUGUAUAAAUGUAGCAUUUCUGUAUGUAACAGCUUGUUUUUGUAAUAUCUUGGCUUAAGUUGUCUGUUUCUGCUUCUUUAUGGUACACUGCUUGGAGAUGUUUUUAAUAUAUUAAGCAAUCUAGAAAUUAAAUCAUCAAAUCAAAAGUCAGGUGGGCCCCCAGGGUGGUCUGACGUGGGAUCAGGCCUCAAUCCCAGCCUCUGCCGUUGCUCCUUAACACCCUGAUCACCUGCGCAGCCCCCUGACCUGCAGCUCAUUCAUCAGCGCAUCAAGGACAACAUAGAGGUGCUUCAGGAUUUCGGUGCGAAGCGAGAGGAGGGGCACUCGCGGCAGGAAUAUCUUGCCCUUCUGCGCCGGGACCUUGCUGCUUACUACUCUUACAGCGACUUCCUGAUCGAGAAAUUGAUGGAGCUUUUCCCACUCUCUGAGGUACUUUUCCGUUAUCGUUAUCCUAACCAGUUUUCUGCCUGGAUAAUUUCUUUCUAGGGAUGCGGGUGGCGCUGCUGUGGGUUAAACCACUGAGCCUAGGACUUGCCGAUCAGAAGGUUGGCAGUUCGAAUCCCUGCAACCGGGUGAGCUCCCGUUGCCCGGUCCCUGCUCCUGCCAACCUAGCAGUUCAAAAGCACGUCAAAGUUCAAGUAGAUAAAUAGGUACCACUCUGGCGGGAAGGUAAACGGCGUUUCCGUGCGCUGCUCUGGUUCGCCAGAAGCGGCUUAGUCAUGCUGGCCACAUGACCCGGAAGCUGUACGCCGGCUCCUUCAGCCAAUAAAGCGAGAUGAGCGCUGCAACCCCAGAGUCGGUCACGACUGGACCUAAUGGUCAGGGGUCCCUUUACCUUUACCUUUAAUUUCUUUCUGGGGGUAACCCAGUUUUGGAGCCCACAUGUUGUUGGGUUCCAGCUUCUUCCAGACCCAAGGCAGCAUGGUCCAAUGGUCAGAGUAGGUUGCACUGAACUGUGGUUAAUUAGCACAACACCUGAAUUUGAUCCUUGAUGGCAAGGCUGAAUUGUUUAGGCAAGUAGCUUCGAAACAUUCUCAUGGCUGUUCCACUGUCUGAAGGCUGUAUUCACUGCUGAGAAGACUUAAAGCUUGCGGGAUCUUUCCCUCCCCACCCCCAAACUAACUAACUAAAACCUCCAAGGUCCACUGACUGGCAGUUUGUGGGUAGGCGAAUAAGGUACAAGUUGAGUGUGAAAGGAGAAUGGGAGAAGAAACUACAGGAGAUGAGUAAAAAUAAUUUUGAGAGCGUGAAAGGAGAAGAAACUACAGGAGAUGGCUAAAACAACUUUUGAGAGGCCUGUGGGAAUGGGGAGGAGCAAAUAUAAAAGUAAAAGCCCCCUUCACUUAGAGGCAUCAGGAUUUGCCUGAAAGUGGGGAGGGGGGAGGCUGAAUCACAAUACCUCUAGAGUAAAUAAUGUACAGUGGUACCUCGGGUUACAUACACUUCAGGUUACAGAUGCUUCAGGUUACAAACUCCGCUAACCCAGAAAUAGUGCUUCAGGUUAAGAACACAAAUCAUGCAGCGGCGGCGCAGCGGCAGCAGGAGGCCCCAUUAGCUAAAGUGGUACCUUGGGUUAAGAACAGUUUCAGGUUAAGAACAGACCUCUGAAACAAAUUAAGUACUUAACCAGAGGUACCGCUGUAGCUUGAAAAAAGAUGAGCUGUAGAACUCAUUACCUCAAGGGAAAAGCUGUGACAAAUAAUUCAGCCAUUUCCAAAGAUGGAUUAGAAAAUUAUGUCAGUAACUGCCAAGUGAUUAUGCCAAACACUCUCUUCAGCAGCCAUCAUCUUGUGUUCUUGCACCAUCGUUUUGCUACUGGUGGGCCAAAAAUUUUCAGAAGCUUUAUUUGAGCCCUUGGAACAAUAUGUUUGAGAAUGAGGUGGUGCUGUUACAUUUACAGUGGUACCUCAGGUUACAAACACUUCGGGUUACAGACUCUGCUAACCCGCAAAUAGGACCUCGGGUUAAGAACUUUGCCCCAGGAUGAGAACAGAAAUUGCGCGACACCGGCAGCGGGAGGCCCUAUUACCUAAAGUGGUACCUCAGGUUAAGAACAGUUUCAGUUUAAGGACAGACCUUCGGAACGAAUUAAGUUUGUAACCAGAGGUACCACUGUAUAGCCUACCUUCCCUCGAAGGAGCUCAAGGUUCAUCCCAUUUCAUCCUCACAACAGACCUGCGAGGAGAAGGUCGGGCCGAGAUGCAGUGACUAGUCCCAAAUCACCCAGUGAGCUUCAUGAGCUUCAUGGCUAAGUAAGAGAUUUGAACCCUGGUCUCCAACACCCUGACCACUAAAACAGAACACUGUACAUCUUUUCACUUUUAUUGACCUGCCUUCUCAGGCAAUAGGGCUUAGUUGGCAGGUGAUGUAAGACAGAGCAAAGAAAUAAAAAUUAUUAUUUUUUAAAAAAGAACUAUUUUCCCACACACAACUCUAUGGCAUUCAUUGCCUAAAGAUGUGGUGACAGCCACUCUCUUAACUUUCUUUUUUAAUACCGAUUUAUGGAGAAUAAAUAAGUCUAUUUUCUUUCUCCUCCUGUGAUGAGGCUGCAUUUUAGUAUUUUAAUCUUUCAAUAUUUUAAUGUUGUAUUUUAAUCUUGUUUUUAAGUUGUAUUCAUUCAACUUGUUUUUAUUAUUGCUUAUUAGCUGCCCUGAGCCUGGCCUUGGCUGGGGAGGGCGGGGUAUAAAUAAAAAGUAUUAUAAUUAUUAUUGGUGGCUGCUAGUCACAAUGGUUUGAUAGAACUUCCAAAGCCAGUGGCAGCAGUACCAAUCACUGGGGAGCACGGCGGAGAGAAUGGUGUUUCACGCCUGUCCUGCUUGUGUGAUUUUUCUCGCAGGCCCCUGGUUAGCCACUCUCAGAAUACGACUGCUCAUAGGUGGCUCUCAUGCCUUAUUUUGGUCUUUCUCUCUUCACCCCCCCCCCACAUUCAGCUGGUUGAUUUCUUGGAGUCCAACGAGGUUCCUCGGCCCGUGACCCUUCGCACCAACACGCUGAAGACACGACGACGUGACCUGGCUCAGGUGUGUAGCUGGCGGAGAGCUCCCCACCCUCAGGUGAACCCUGGUUGACAAAACCUCACUUUGCUUCUUUCCCCUUCAUCCCACAGGCUCUGAUAAACCGUGGGGUGAAUCUUGACCCCUUAGGAAAGUGGUCCAAAACUGGACUUGUUGUGUACGACUCCUCUGUGCCUAUAGGUGAGUAGAAGGCUGGGUUACCUUUCUCUUCACACACACACACCCCUCCAAAAAAACAGUAACACCGCCACAUUUCUCAGCAGCUGGUUUCUCAUGGCUUUGCUUCUUCUCCCUUCUCUCCCAGGCGCCACCCCAGAAUACUUGGCCGGCCAGUACAUGCUGCAAGGAGCAUGCAGCCUUCUCCCCGUCAUGGCUCUGGCCCCCCAGGAGAACGAGCGCGUCUUGGACAUGUGCUGUGCCCCAGGAGGCAAGACCAGCUAUAUAGGUACUGGUGGAGGAUUGGGACCGGACGGGGUGGGGGGAAAGAGGGGUCUGUUCUGCCAUCUUAUUGCCUCCCAGUGGACCACAAAGCACAAGAGCACUGCUCUUCUCUGCCGGCUAAGAGGCCGUCUCGCUGAAGGAAACUUCAGCUGGAGCCUGGGCUUGGGGGAAACUAGGCCACAACACAGCAGAACCUCAACUGGGCUCUUUGGGAGCCCCUCACCCACAUUUUUCCACUGAGGGGAGAGGUAAUCUAUUUCUGCUUAGAUGCACCAGGGCUAAAUCUGACCCUGAGAUCAUCCUCUGAGACUCUUCUUCAUUUGCUUCCUCCACGAGAGGUCCUGAUGGUGGCAACACAAGGAUGGGCCUUUUCAGCAGUGCUCCCAUCUGUGACAUGCUUUCCCCAGGAAGUCUCGCCUGGUGCCUUCAUACAUCUUUAGGCACCGGGCAAAAACGUUCCUUUUCAACCAGGCCUUGGGCUGACUGGCAUCCGAUGUCCUUUUAAAUGUGUUGUGGAAAGGGGGGACUAUUGGUUUUGGUUUUGUUCUUAUUUUUUAUUGCAUAUUUUUGUCUUUUUUGUAUUGUAUUUUUGUUGUUGUGAACCACCUUGAGCUCUAUGAAAGAGGGGCGGUAUACAAAUUUAAUAAAUAAAUAAAUAAAUACUAAGUCCUAAGAGAGCCAGUGUGGUGUAGUAGUUAAGAGCGGUAGACUCGUAAUCUGGUGAACCGGGUUCGCAUCUCCGCUCCUCCACAUGCAGCUGCUGGGUGACCUUGGGCCAGUCACACUUCUCUGUAGUCUCUCAGCCUCACUCACCUCACACAGUGUUUGUUGUGGGGGAGGGAAGGAAAGGAGAAUGUUAGCCGCUUUGAGACUCCUUAGGGUAGUGAUAAAGCAGGAUAUCAAAUCCAAACUCUCCUUCUUCUUGUGCUGAUGUCUGAUGCCAUGGCUGUGUCCCAAGAGAAACCUGCUGCAAGCUGACCUGUGUUUUUGGAGAAACUAAUCCCACCUGCUCACCUUUGCUGUGUUUUUGGGUCACUGGGAGCUGACAAGUAUGGCUCAUUUGAGGAUUUUGAGCUUAUCUGUGGACUCUUCUACAGGGGCCCGCAAUUUGCCCUGCUUCUUGUUUUCCUGAGUUGUCGAUUUGGGAAUUUAGCUGCUUGUGGGGUGCAAUUCAUAUUCCUUUUUCAGCUGGCCAUCUAGCUUAGGGUAAGAGAUUGAAAUAAGGGAGGGCGUGGAAAUUGCCUCCCAUUCUUAGUGCUCAAGGGAGUCAUUCUCCAAAGACCUUGUCUCUCCUCCUAGUGGAGGGGCGCCCAGAAAAUCCACAUGUAAGCCCAAACUUUGAUAGGUACAGAGCUGCCUAAGGCGAGAGGGGCUCAAGGACAAGAUGUAUGGGAGAAAUUUUAAGUCUCUAAUGAUCUGGGCUGAAGGGAGACCUGUUAUUUCUUUGCAAGCGCUAACCCAUUUGCGUUCUGCUUUGGCAGCCCAGCUGAUGAAGAACACGGGUGUGAUCCUGGCCAAUGACAGCAAUGCCGAGCGUCUGCGCAGUGUGGUCGGCAAUCUUCACCGCUUGGGCGUCACAAACGCUGUUGUGAGCAACUGUGACGGGCGCCAGUUCCCCAAGGUAUAUCUGGUUGCGCAGGAGGUGGGUUGAGGGCAUUGGGAUUUGUUUUGUUUUUUUGAUGGCUCUGACCUUUCUUGACCCAGUGGAUCCCUGGCGGGGAGGGUCCACUUUGUGAGGAAGCGGGUACAGAUGCUGUCUUGGGGCAGGAUUCCACCGGUGCAGACAGAGACAAAGCAAGAGUGACAGUCCCUCAAGUUGAGUUGUCUGCCACCUCCUUUCUGUGCUGGGCAGAGAAGGAAUCCCCGAGUGAUGGGGAUGGGCAGGGACAGUUGCCGCUGUUGUUUCUUCUGCUGACCUGGAAGGUUUUAAGAUACCCACUUGGUCUCCAGGCGGCCAGCCCAAGAGAGGGAGAGACCGUGUAGAACUGAGGCAGAAACAUUCUCCUGAAUGCAUUUUUCUUUCCCAAGGUACUAGGUGGCUUUGACAGGGUCCUGCUUGAUGCUCCAUGCAGUGGAACGGGUGUUAUUGCAAAAGACCCCACGGUUAAAACCAAUAAGGUGAGUUGGGCCUUAAUUGCUGCAGUGGGGCAUUGGGAGGGGUCUGUCAGGAGCUCGUCGUACACUCGAAUAGGACCCUGGCAGAGACACAUGCCCGACUGGCACGUUCCCUCCCUCCUGGUCGAUCAUUUGGGAGCUUCAAAAGCCUUCUGCCCGAACAUCACAGCGACCGAUGCCAACCGACAUCGGCACACUUUGGGAUCCGCAGAGUCCUUGCAGCUUGCGUGACAGACCUCAGCAACUCAGCAUUUUGGCUAAUCUACAUUAUUUACAUAUCAACGCACACGGAGCACUGCAACAUGGCUCCCUCUCUCUCUAGCAUCAGACAGCAAAGAAAGGACAAAGGACAAUAGUCCCACUUCACAGCACACAGUAACACAAACAUCCUGUCCCCGUCACUUCCCACUCUGUGGAGUCAAAACAUACACCGUCAUGUGAUAGACAACAAUCCCAUGACUGCAAUCAUGGAGCAGGAAUUCUAACAGGGUCUUCAUCUGUGUGCAGAAAAAGAGGGACUUGGAGCUGCUUCAUUUUAUUUCUUACCAAAACCUCUUUGAGGAUAUUUGGGGGGAAGUGAGAGAGGUGUGUUGAUGGCAACAAUUAUACCACAGAUUACUAAAGGUACAAGAAGUGCAAGAGGAUGCCAGCGUGCUUGGUGAAUAACGUCAAGGAAGGAAAAACGAGGCAAGAAGGCCUUCAUUUUUAAAAGGGUGGCAGUGUCGCCCAAACGAGAAUGAAAUUAAGCACAAGCUCUGGCAAAACAAAUGUUAUGGCGACAACCAGGCAGGCAGCGAAGAGUUUGACCAUUGUAUAGCUAAGUGAAAGGAUUAUAGCUCCAUUUUAGCUGCCCUUUCUCAAAUAGCCAUCAGAAAAACUAUAAUUUAGACUUCCAACAGCUCCUUGGAGAAACAUAAAAACAACCCAUCACAAAGCUGGUUUUGUUCUGCUCCCACUCAGCAGAAAACCAACCCACAGACUGCUGGAAUUAGACUGCUAUUUGAUAUUCUGUUGGGGCAGGCCUCCCUCUCUGAGGAUUGGGGAAGAGACCCAUAAUUGGAGGGGAAAGUGCCGUGGCAGCUAUAGUUGAAUCACCAGGCAGAGGGGAGGCAGAAGAAAUGGAAAGUAAUUACUCCUUGUGUCUACUCACUAAAAUAGCUGGAAUGUCUUAUUUAUGAGACCUAAAAGCUAUUCAUAAUAUUAUCACACAGUAUGGGUUCUUUCCAUCAUUGUAUCUUCAGGUACUUGUGGACAAUUGACUGAGAAUUGUAAGUAAGCAACGAACUUUAUCUUAUUCUUUCUUCGCUCACCACUCCCCUGCCUCCUGCAAUACUCUCUAAGGUGCAGUAAGACAAUUCCAAUUAUUGCGGAUAUUUCUCCUAAUCUCCACUAUGGGCCAUGGCAAGCGGCCAAGGGACCUGGAUGAGGCAAUGCCUCCCCCGAGGCCCAAACAGUCUAAGAUUGAUUCUUUCUUUCCUAACUGUAGCAGAAAUAACAAGGAAGACAGCUACACGGUUGAAACUCACAAUCGUUUUAAUCCUUUAAUUGACCUCGUACCCGAUAUAGAAGUGGAGGGGGUGAACUCGAAGGCAACGAAUAAUGCUAAUGAUAAUGACAAAGAAGUGAGAGUCACCUCGAAGGGGAGUCCGAGCUGGCCCUGGGCGAUGGUUUGGGACUCGAGCAUUUCCAAUUAAUAACCAGGACCCUGCGCUGCAUCUUUAAGAGCAUAAAUGGGAUCUCCACGCAGGUGAAUAACCUCCACCAAAAGCUUGAGGCCCAUUUGCUGGAGCUGCAGCACAACCUCACUCUGCCUCCGAGGGAUUUAAAGGGACAGUGGUGUACCUCCCUGUUAGACAUGAAAGUGGUACUGGUGUCCACCUCCUAAAAUCUCAACUGGACUUUCAAUCUCUGAUCUUACAACCAAACAAAAUAUGUCUAACUAUACGCAGCAGUGACCCCAGGUCCCCAAGGUGGAACAACCCGAGAGAGGUCAAAGAUCAUCUAAGGCAACUCCUUCAGAUUAGGCCUCCGCUAAUAGAUCUCAGUACAGUGAAACUUCUAUACUACCACCAUCGGUUCCAAAAGUACUGCUCUCCUUCCAGUCUCCAAAAAUUCCCUCCAUACUGGUUAGGCGCAAAGCGUUAUUGGCCACCUGGGGCAUCUUCCCAACGAGAGUCUUUAAUGACACCAGGAUUAAACCUCUUUUCCGCAGCAUCGUACAAAAAGGUAUCCGCUCGCCAGACAGGCGCGACAUAGUUUUGAAACUCAAGCUGUCCACCCAGGAACCUCACCCUCCCUCUCAGCCCAAGCUUCCUGGUUUAUCUACUCCAGCAACAGAGAAGCAUGACCAAAGCGGACCCAGUUAUCUGGCUCCCUCAGAGGAGAGGGACCUUAUUUCAUCCUAUGGCGAGUUGCCAUUAGUAGAACAGCAGGAAGUUAUAAACAGGCUUGAUACACUCAAGCAGCAACUUACACAUGUACUUCAAGAGAAAAUCUCCUUAAAACCUGGUCAUAGUAACCUAUUAAAUCAAAGGAAUGCAGUCAUGAAGGGGCUAACACCCCAGAAACCCCUGCCAAUCACUGGGACUCCAAUGAUGGAUGAUAUGGCAGUCUGCCUGGCGGAAGCUCCUCAUACAUCGUCGCAACGCAGACCCCCUUCACCUCUACUAAUAGAUUUGCAAUCAACUACCUCGUCCCUCGCCUUAAAGAGCAAUAUGCCAAACACCACGCAUCCUGGUAACCUGUCAAUGUCCUAUUCUUCUAUGCCUGACCUGGAGUCCUCAUUCAGUGCGGUCCAGGCAGAUGACUGUAUAUCCUCGUCCUUUGCCAGUCAACCUCGUUUGGUAGAACCUCAUGUAUCCGCAACCUCUUCAAGUCAAUAUAUAAACGUUAAGGAAGUCACUGUGCAAAGAGACAGCUCAGGCUUUAUUGAAGACCCUGCUGGCCACAUCAAUCAAAUUACCAUCCCUUCGAUACCUUCGGCUGUAUUACGCCUGGCGCGGUCUCAGACCCUUGGCAAGGCUUCUUCCACCAGCAACCAGAGUAUCUGACUAGCACAUAGUCCCUCCUCAAACUGCUUCAAUGUGCUAUCCUGGAAUGUGGCGGGAUGGACGUCCAAACAGGAUGGCGGGGACAUGAUAGAGUUUUUAGCGAAAUUCCAGAUUAUGGGUAUACAAGAGACCUGGUGCUUAGAAUCGUCACCCCCUUCCCUAUUGGGCUAUGACGCCUUUGUGAUUCCUGCGACCAAAACACAUUUGUAUGGGCGCCCUAGUGGAGGCCUGGUAACAUUUGUUUCGCAGGAGCUUCAUCUAAAUAUCUCUCCUCUCUUUUGGUUAGAGAGUAAUUGUAUUCAAACUUUGCACAUCACUAACAGCCCGGUUGGGGACUUCAUAUGUGUUAACUUGUACAAUCCAUCUACCUACUCCUCUUCCCAUACAAAUCGGUUUUGGGAGGAUCUAAGAUUUAUCCUUGAUAAAUCUGUGGCUGAAUUCCCAAAGUCAGAGAUCCUCAUAAUGGGGGACUUUAAUGCCAGAAUCGGAGCAGAUAUAAGCUCAUUCACCGAUAAGUCGCAACUAUUCAUAGAAGAGGAGUGGUUUCCUACGUGGAAUUCUCAUGACAAGACCAUUAAUAGGGCUGGCAUCAUACUGCUGGAGUUUACCAUUAACUGCGGGCUGCACAGCUUGCAUGGUACACCCAAAGACUGGUCCGGGGAUGCUAUACUUUUCUAGGAUCUAGAGGGGCAAGCGUUAUAGAUUAUAUCUGGUCCUCCUCGGCACUUAAUGAUAAGGCAUAUUGUUUCAAUGUGUUCAACAGAACCGAAAGUGACCACCUCCCUAUUGCCAUCUCUUUCCACCAUACACAGCUGGGGCUUCCCAGCUCACUCCACCUCCAGGAUUCACUGACCUUAGCCCCGGUCGUCAGAAGUGGGAUAUCUAUCUGGAGCAAGACAUAAAAGUCCUCCUAAAUUCCCCUGAGAUCCUAGCCCUGAAAGCUCAGCUGGUAACAAUGAAUGUGAAUCAUUUCUCAAGUUUCCAACAAAUUCUAGCCUACUUGCUCCCAACACUUACGAAACCCUCUCGUGCGAGUCUAACCUGGAAGAAUCAAACUUGGUUCGACCAAGAAUGCAAACAGUGCAGAAGUAGGCUUAGAUUUCUUCAGUCUGAUAUGAAUUCAGACAGCACCCAGAGCAAAAUCAGGGAGUUAGCCCAAUUCCGUUCUUACUACAAGAAGUUGCUCCAACAUAAGAAAUUGAUCUUUGCGCAAGAACGCUGGACGGCAUUGUCAGUGGCCAUUAAAACCCGUGACGACAAGAAAUUCUGGAAUUUAAUUAAUGCAGGUUUAAGACCCCCCUCAUUCAUCGUUAAUAACAUCACAGCAGCCAGUUGGCACUCUCACUUUGCUCAGCUGUAUUCCGCCCCAGAUUCCGACGUAAACGCAGUUUCCACUCUUCCUGCAUCUGCCUUGCCCAACUGGGAGCCAGUCUCCCCAGAGAGAUGUGUACAACUAAUUAGCAUGCUAUCAGGGGAUAAAUCCCGGGGCGGAUAUGAUUCCACCCGAGGUAUUCUUAUUGAACCAGAUGUGGUGGGCCCCUAUUUUUGCAUCUCUCUUUACCACUAUUAAUGCCACUCUUAAGAUCCCGCCUAAUUGGAAACAGAGCAUAGUCAUCCCAAUACAUAAAAGGGGGACCCACAAGAUCCGCGUAACUAUCGACCUAUCAGCCUGCUAGACAUAUCAUACAAGGUUUACUCUAGAUUUUUGCUAGAGAAAUUAGUCGAGUGGGCAGAAGAAACAAAGCUAUUCCACCCGGAACAGGCUGGCUUCCGUAAAGGUCACAGCACAUCUGGCCAAUGUCUUGUUCUAUUUACCCUGAUUGAUAAAUACCUAAACAGGUUCAACUGUAAACUACACGCGGCUUUUGUGGACCUGACCUCCGCUUUUGACUCCAUUCCCAGAGAUAGGCUAUGGCAGAAGCUUAGUUCCACCAACAUAGAUAAGAGACUCCUCCUCCUUCUCAUGGAAAUUCAUAAUGACAUAUCGGCCAGAGUAAAAUUCGGCCCUCUGGGAGCUCUUUCUGAUUCUUUCUCUCUGAAUAAAGGGGUCAAACAGGGCUGCCUCUUGGCCCCUUUUCUAUUCAAUUUCUAUAUCAACGACAUCGUUACAACUAUGCAGGCCCUAAAUCAAUCUGCCCCCUCUUUACAACAGCUUAAGAUCCCCAUAUUACUCUAUGCGGACGACAUGGUGAUACUGUCUUUAACCAAGCAGGGCUUAAACAACAUGCUCAGAGGGCUCAUGACAUAUUGUGAUACCAAUUCCCUCAAAAUCAAUUUCGCCAAAACCAAAAUUCUUACUUUUGGCACGAAAACUCGGAAGUCAUUCUGGAAUUUUGAGGGCCACUCUAUUGAAUAUUGCUCAGCAUUCAAGUAUUUGGGAAUCACUUUUCAGCAUGGGCUUAGCUGGUCAGCUCACCUAAAUAUGACCAUCCUGGCUGCCCGUAGAACCAUCAAAGCCUUGGAGAAAUUCUUCUAUGCAAAAGGCGGCCAGUUGGUUCCACCAAUCAGAAAAGCAUUUAUCAGCAAAGUCCUCCCGAUGUUACUGUAUGGGGUUGAAAUCUGGGGUGGAAUUUAAAAACACCACAACGGCUGGAGAUUCACAAAACUCUUUUGCACGAAAGAUACUGGGUCUCCCCAAGGGCUCGGUUGCUGCACAGUUAAGAACAGAACUGGGCCUCCCUCCAUUGUUGCGAGAGCCCACAUUAGAAUUAUUAGUUUUUAUUGCAAAUUAAUCAAUGCCCCAGGUUCCCUACUAGCCAGGCAAGCCUUUUUAACUUGUUCUCACUCCAACAAAUGGUCCAAGGCCAUGGAGACUAUUACUGUACGCUACUCCCUCCCAGAUUUCGACACGUUGUCAUCUUGGGACCAACAUAAAAUCCGGGCCUGGAUUCUUACAAGAGAUGAGGCCAUGGACCGGGCACAGUCCACCUCAGCUCGCCUCUCCAUGUGGCUCCCUAAAGUGAAAGUGGUAAGAUCACUUGCCAACUACUUGAUAGACCUGACGGAGCCCAAUUUGAGAAGAGCGUUUACAAUGGCCCGCUUUCAUUCUAUACCCACGGCCUUCCUGCAGGGGACCUACUCUAAGACCCCUAUUACUCAGCGUCUAUGUCCAUGCACAAUGAAUGAAGUAGAGGACUUCAUACAUUUCUACUGCCCUAUUUAUGACCCAAUAAGACCUAAGCUCCUCCUCUUGAUCCCGUCCUCCAUUUCAUCUAAGGAAGACUGUUUGAAAGCACUUCUUGUGGACGCAAAUCCCCAAAUUUCACGUGGGGUGGCAAUCUUCACAGUGCAGGCUCUGAAACUCAGGGCUACUCUGACAGGGUAGUGUGCCCUAGUCCUGGACCUGUUUAAUUUUUAUUACCUUUUAACUUAAUGUGCUGAGCCUAUUUUGGGGCCAUUUUAUGCUUUAUUUAUAUCCGCAUACUAGUUUUUUUUUUUUUUUUUUUUUUGGCGCUGGCAAUUAAAUCUCUGUAUUAUUGUCUUAGGGUAUUUUAAAUGUCAUUACGCCAGCAAUAUCGCUCUGAAUUUUACUUGGUUGCUUGUCUCCAAUAUUUUUUGUAUUGUCUUACUUUGCUAUGGCUGUACGCUAAUGCAAUUAAAUUAAUUAAUUAGAUUAGAAAGGAUUAUAGCACGAGAUGAGGGAGCUUACAGAGAAGCUGAAUUGUUUAUUUCUGCCUGCCUACACUUCAAAAGAUGCUUGUCAGUUGCCACACCUGAACCAGUUUUGUGGGGAGGGAACCUGAAGAAAGAAGUCAAACAGAAUGCAGUUUUAGGGCUAAUGGGCAUAUUCUUAAAACUUAACCAAUUGCCAGGAUCCAGGUGGCUUAAACCUAAUAGUUUUUGAAAGAACUCAAGAUGUACAUCGUAAUGACACAAGAAGGCGCUUAUACCCAAUCACAGCGUUGGUGUGGUCUUUGCCAAAGGCUCUCCUAGGCCUGAGGCCUGCUGACUAAGAUUCUUCUAGCGCCUGAACCCUCUGAAGCAUUCUGCAUGCCAAGCAAGAGUUCUGGCACUUGAGGCUCCUCCCCAAACUCUGGAUUAAGGAGUGACAGAAAGUGCCGUCUAAUCUCACCUCUGCCAUGAAUUUGCUGGGUUGCAUUCAGCAAGUCGUGUCUCAUCCUUAGCACCUCAGCGCCACCUACAAAUGGGAAUCACAGCGGUAGGAGGUUUCUUCAAGGGCUGUUGGGAAAUGUAAACCAAUGGUGGGAAGUGGGUGUCCCUCUAGGUGCAUUGGAGAGUCCAGUUCCCACCUUGACAAUUGGGACUGAUGGGAAUCUCCGAGUUCAGCACCAUCUGCAGAGCCUCAGGUGCCCCAUCCCUGGUAUAAACAAUGUGCUGCUACACGAACAUUUCAUCUCACUAUUACCAAUGUGUGUCUGCCUUGCUCUUUCAGGAUGAGAAGGACAUUUUGCGCUGUGCCCACCUGCAGAAGGAACUGCUGCUCAGCGCUAUUGACUCGGUUAAUGCCGCCUCAGAAACAGGGGGCUACAUCGUGUAUUGUACGUGUUCAGUCAUGGUGAGUCUUCUUCCCCCUGUUUAGUCUUCGCUGCCCCAGGCAGUGGAGCACCCCUUCCCAAUAGGAAGCUUUAAGGACGCGGGUGGCGCUGUCGCCUAAACCCCUGAGCCUCUUGGGCUUGCUAAUCAGAAAGUUGAAUGUUCGAAUCCCCGCAACUGAGCUCCCGUUUCUCUGUCCCAGCUCCUGCCAGCCUAGCAGUUCAAAAGCACGCCAGUGCAAGUAGAUAAAUAGGUACCACUUUGGCGGGAAGGUAAAUGGCGUUUCUGUGCACACUGGUUUCUGUCACGGUGUCCUGUUGUGCCAGAAGCAGUUUAGUCAUGCUGGCCACAUGACCCGGAAAGCUGUCUGUGGACAAAUGCCAGCUCCCUCAACCUGAAAGCGAGAUGAGCGCCGCAACCCCAUAGUUGCCUUUGACUGGACUUAACUGUCCAGGGGUCCUUUACGUUUUUAAGGAAUCUGACCGUCCAUUGUCUGUGUUUGACAGGUGGAGGAAAACGAGUGGGUGGUUGAUUAUGCCCUGAAGAAACGCAAUGUCCGCCUGGUGCCGACAGGCCUGGACUUUGGCAAGGAAGGAUUUACCAGGUGUGUCUCUCUAAUCCUAAAGCUGGAAUGCAAGAGCAGCUCAUGAUUCUCAUUGCUCUCGGCAACUCACAACGUGCAAUCUUUGUGUUCCCCUUGACACUCAGGUUUAGGGAGCGCCGUUUCCACCCUACCUUGAAAUCCACUCGCCGCUUCUACCCUCACACCCACAACAUGGACGGCUUCUUUGUCGCCAAGCUGAAGAAGUUCUCCAAUGCCAUUCCCAAGCCUCCAAAAGGUAACGCGCUGGAGGGUUUGCCUCAUCAGCAACCUUCGUUUUCUUGCCAAACAAACGCUUCGGCUUGGAAUCAACUUGAUCCCCUCCCCCUCUCUCCUUUUUCCUUUCUCCUUCUAUGAUGGAACCCCUAUUUGGGGACUUCCCUGGCUUUUUUUUCUGGCCCACGUAGGACCAGUCUGGAUAGUUGGCCUUAGUGAAGAUUUGACGUUUUCAUCCCCAAAAAGUUUUUUAUUUGAGUUUCUACUGAAAUGCGGCUGCAUUUUAAUGUUGUAUUUUAAUCAUGUUUUUAAGUUGUAUUUUAAUCAAUUGUUUUAUAUCUGGUGUUAGCCACCCUGAGCCCGGUCUUGGCUGGGGAGGGCAGGGUAUAAAUAAUUUUUUUAAAUUAUUAUUGUUAUUGUUAUUGUUAUUAUUCUAUCCCACAAUUCUGUUUCCUGGAAACAGUUUCUUGGCUGCCAGUUAUGGAAUUUUGCUGAACUGUUCACUGCAACACUCUGAUCCUGUUGAGCUUUAGUCAAGCGGUAAUACUUUUGUUUUGAAGCGGUGGGGUUGUGGCAUCUAGCAUAUAUUUUUAGGUUUUUGGUUCUGCUUUAAAUAUAACCUGGAACAGAGAGAAAAAAAUGUGAACAGUGAGUGAUGGUGCUUGCGGAAGACGUUCUUAUUUUCCCAGCAGCCUGUUUUUGCUCUUAAUUGGUCUGCGUCUUUUGGUUGGGUAGGAUGUAUCCUUUUUUAGGUUAUUGCAGGAUGAGCAUUUUUAGUUAAUAAUGGUUUUUUAUGUGUUUUAGUUUGGUAUCGUAGGCUUGUUUCUCAGGAAGGAAGCAAGGAAGAGCCAAAAUACAUUCCAGACUUUGUGCUCUAUCAGCGUUUUGCAGUAUUUAGCUGCUGAUAUAUCACAAUGUUGAGAACCCGAUAUUGCCCAGCCCUGAUACAUUUUGUAUACACCAAGCAGCAUACGUCACUUGGGCUAGAACUUCCCAUUGCUUCACCUGACCAGAUCAUCAUUAUCAUCAUUUAUUACUUAUACCCCGUCCAUCUGGUUGGGUUUCCCUAGCCACUCUAGGCAGCUCCCAACCGAAUAUUAAAAACACAAUACAGCAUUAAACAUUAAAAACUUCCCUAAACAGGGCUGCUUUCAGGUGUCUUUUAAACGUAAGAUAGUUGCUUAUUGCCUUGACAUCUGAUGGGAGGGCGUUCCACAGGGCAGGCGCCACCACCGAGAAGGCCCUCCGCCUGAUGCCCUGUAACCUCACUUCUCGCAGUGAGGGAACCACCAGAAGGCCCUCGGAGCUGGACCUCCGUGUCUGGGCCAGAACGAUGGCAUUGGAGACACUCCUUCAGGUAUACAGGACCGAUGAGGGCAUAAGUGGCAAACACCCAGAUCUUACAGAUAGUUCCCCUUUCUGGGCUCAGAGCCCAUUACCCCAAGCCCACAGAUAAGGAUAAUGUCAAAGCAAGCCUAUUAGCUUAUAGCAAAGGAAGUGAAUAUAAACAUGAUGAGCUCAUUGCUACAACUCCUAACAAUCAAUUGGGGGGUUAUCUUGCCUACCAAGAUGGCAUUUGCGGAGCUUCCAGAACCCUGGGUUCAACACAGUGCUCUCCCUUUUCUUUGUGGUCCUUGGCUUGUUCCCGCCCUGUUCUCUCUUUCCCUGCUUGCUCCAGUGUUGCUGCCAUUGUUCUGGUCUAACGCUUGCUUCUGUUUCCAGACGAAGAGCCAAGCGGGGAGCCAACCGCGCAGACAGCAAAAGAGGGAUCUGUUGUAGCACCAGCUGAGCCGCCGGCUAAAGCGGGGAAACGCAUCGAGUCGAAGGCCGUUAAGAAGCAGCCUGCAAAACAGGGACUUUCUGCCAAGGCGCAGCCUGCAAAAGGAGAGUUGAAAGGGGAUGAGCAGAAGAAGAAGCUUUUGGUCUCACGGCAAGGCUCCUUCCAGAAGCGGUCCAGGCCCUUGAAGGCUGCUCGGCCCUCUCCGGGAGGUGCGAAAGCUCGGCCAACCCCCAGCAAGAAGCGCAAGGUGCACCGAAACCAUCAAUAGGGAGGAAAUUGCAUUGCUUGGUGCUUUUCUGACAGCUGCCAGACAACGCUAGUAAGACUGGCGGGAGAUCCUCCCCAAGGCACUUUGCCCUGGCAAGACCUGUGCCUGGUUGGCAUUCGGGCACUCUCCUCUGCACACUGGGGCUGACGUAAAAUAUUUAAUUUUCUUUUAGCCCUCUUAGAAGGGCAGAAACUGUCUGAAUUUGUCAGUCAUUAAAAGAUUUUCUACCUGGCCGUGUGGCAUGUCGGGU